GUCGUGGGGGAAGUGGGGCUGUGGGCCGGUGGGGCGCCGUGGGGGUCCGCUAUGGCCCGUUCUGCUGCCCGGGCCUUGGGGCUCUGGCUGUGUCGGGGGGGGGUCGCUCCGGGCUCCUGGGCUGGGUCUCCGCUUGGUGGCUCCUGCGGGGGGGCUGGGUGGACCUCCUUGGGCUGGAGGGGACAGCUCCCUCCUUUUGGUGGAGGUUUUCAUGCAUGCCAGACCCACCACACCGGCACCUACCAAAACUCAAUAGUGUGUGUUCCUCCGGUUGCUGAGUCAGUGGAGGUUGCUGGGUUAGUGUCUGUGGAUCUCACUCUGCUCUAUCUAUCCUUCUUGUGGCCUCCUGACAUCUUCAUGAUUGAUCCAGUUGGGAUUUUGUCGUAUUAGGUGUUUGUGAAGGGUUUUAGAUUUGUAAAUGGUUUUAAGGUAUGAAUUAAAGAGUACAAACAAAUAAAAUGCACCUUUUCUCUUAGAACACUGUCUAUGCCUCACCUUUCUGUCUGUCCUGUGUUUGUUUUAUGUUUCACUUGGGUGUGCACAGCCCUCAAUGGCAUAAUGCAGGAAACAGCUUGAAAUAAACAUGAUAGGUUAAUUUGCCAUGAGGGCCGGUGAUGGUCACAGUCACAAAGAAGAAAAAAAAUUGCACAUGAAGCUUAAGCAAUGACACCAUGAGUGGUUGGUGUCAUUUUUGAGCGGACUUGCAGACAAAAAAAAAGAAGAACGAAAAAAAAAAAACAAAGAUGUUGAGUUUAGUGUCACAGAGGAGGAAAGAAAUCAGAAAAUAUUCACAUUUAAGAAGCUGCAGUCACAGAAUUUAGACUUUUAUGAUUUAAAAAUGCUCAAAUCCAUUAAUGUAUUAUUCUAAUAGUUACCAACUGUGCAGCCAUGUUUAGGUGUCUGGACCAAAUGUUUGAUGUUUCUGCUGAUUGUCGUGUUUUAAUCAGUAUUUCUGAUCUCUAUCUUCAGGAAAUUCUACCUGAUAAGAUGAUUUCCUCUUCUCAGCUUUUAGCUCUGCAGCAGCACCGAGAACAUCUGAAGCUUUACUGUCCAUCAACACUGCACAAAAUGAUCUUUGCUGUAAAAUGUUUCCUUAAAGCAGCAGCAGGAGGCUGAACCCACUCUGGUCUGAUAAAGACGUUAAAGGAGGAAAUAAGUUCAGUCUGCAGCCGCCGACAUGGACCUCAGAGCUCUGACGCUGUUUGUGGGUUUGUGCAGCUCAGUCCCAUCAGUGAGUCCUGCUGAGGUCCGGCUGGUCGGAGGUCCAAGUCCCUGUUCUGGCAGACUGGAGCAGCAGCGUCAGUCGGACUGGAAACCAGUGAGGGACAAGAACCUGGACUGGAACCUGAAGAAGGCAGAUCAGGUCUGCAGGAGGAUCAGCUGUGGUUCUGUGGUUUCAUUCAGGAGAACUCUGGACCAGGAACCUCCACAAGACUUGGUCACCAGAUAUGACUUCAGAGGACGUCGAGUAUCGCCCCGAUUCAGAGUGGAGAUCACCUGCUCAGACUCUGUGAGGCUGGAGAACGAGACUCACCUGUGUUCAGGUAGACUGCAGGUGAAGAGGAACCAGGUGUGGUCCUCAGUGUGUUCAGAUGGAUUUGACCAGCAGGAUGCUGAGGUGGUCUGCAGGGAGCUGGGCUGUGGUUCUCCUUCAGGGUUUGAGGAGGAACUCUAUGGAGAAGCUCCAGAGUGGAUCCCAGAGUUCCGGUGUGGAGGCCAUGAGUCUGCUCUGCUGCACUGUGAGCGCUCAGAUAGAGACACCUGCUCACCUGGAACCACCGUCACACUCACCUGCUCAGAUCCAGGAGUCCGGUUGGUUGGAGGAUCUGGCCGGUGUGACGGCACCCUGGAGGAGAGAAACUGGGAUGAAUGGAGUCCAGUGGACUAUCCGGACUGGAAGCUGUGGUCUGCCAGCUUUGUGUGCAGAGACCUGGACUGUGGAUCUCCACUUUCAAUCAGGAGAAGAGAGACGGGUUCAAAGAGCAUCUCGGGAUUGAGAUAUGGCUGCCUAUCCGUGUAUCGGAAUUACUGUUUCGGAGCACAUCAGACCUCCUCUGGUGUCAUAGAGCUCACCUGCUCAGACUCUGUGAGGCUGGAGAACGAGACUGACCUGUGUUCAGGUAGACUGCAAGUGAAGAGGAACCAGGUGUGGUCCUCAGUGUGUUCAGAUGGAUUUGACCAGCAGGAUGCUGAGGUGGUCUGCAGGGAGCUGGGCUGUGGUUCUCCUUCAGGGUUUAAGGAGGAACUCUAUGGAGAAGCUCCAGAGUGGAUCCCAGAGUUCCGGUGUGGAGGCCAUGAGUCUGCUCUGCUGCACUGUGAGCGCUCAGAUAGAGACACCUGCUCACCUGGAACCACCGUCACACUCACCUGCUCAGACCCUGAUGAUGUUCGGUUGGAGGGAGGAGCCAACCGUUGUGCUGGUAGACUGGAGAUGAAACAUGACGGAGUCUGGAGAGUGAUGAAAAUCCAAAACCCCGAACGGAACCUGAACGUGGCGGCUCUGAUCUGUGGACGGCUGGACUGUGGUCCUGCAGUCUCAGCAGUAAACAGAACAGAAUAUCCACAUAAAGAUGCUUGGUGGGUCAGUCCCUACUGCCCUCUUUCUGGUCUGAAGGAAUGUGUGACAGUGAAUCAUGAACAGAUCUCUGACAGCUUGGAAGUCACCUGUUCAGACUCUGUGAGGCUGGUGGGCGGGACUCACCGGUGUUCAGGUAGACUGCAGGUGAAGAGAAACCAGGUGUGGUCCUCAGUGUGUUCAGAUGGAUUUGACCAGCAGGAUGCUGAGGUGGUCUGCAGGGAGCUGGGCUGUGGUUCUCCUUCAGGGUUUAAGGAGGAACUCUAUGGAGAAGCUCCAGAGUGGAUCCCAGAGUUCUGGUGUGGAGGCCAUGAGUCUGCUCUGCUGCACUGUGAGCGCUCAGAUAGAGACACCUGCUCACCUGGAACCACCGUCACACUCACCUGCUCAGACCAAGUGAGGCUGGUGGGAAACAGAAGCACCUGUGCAGGUGAGCUGCAGAUGAAGGUCCAUGGAGAGUGGAGGCCUGUGGUGGACUGGUACUGGAACCAGAAGUGGACAUCAGCAGUGUGUUCUCAGCUCAGAUGUGGUUCUAUCGUGACUACAGAUUUAGAGGACUUUGGAUCAAAGAGACCCGUGUGGCAUUUCAAGUCCUCCUGCUUCCAGUCGGCUAUUUCCCUCCAGGACUGUCUGCUUCUGAACAAUGUGAUUGAAUCCUCCCGGAGUCUGCAGGUGAUCUGUUCAGAUCUGCUGGUUCAACCAAACAUCUCCGUGUCUUCGUCCCGUCUUGAAGUCCAGCAGCAGAAGGUUAGGGUCCUCUUGGGCUCCAACUUCAGCAUCAUCUGCUCCACCAGGCCUCAGUAUCCAGGAGGUUCCUUCCAGCUCGUCUUCAACUCCUCCAGCUCAACGCUCAACUACGUCCUUCCAGCCGUCACACAUUCGGCCGUUUUCCUGUUUCCUGCUGCAGAAGGCCUCCACAGAGGGACGUACACCUGUAUUUACCACCUCAACGUCUUCUCCCAUAACUUCUCCUCCUCCAGCCGGCCCAUCUAUCUCAUCCCCUCAGCUCCUCUGAUGGAUUUGAUCAUCAGACUUGUCGUCCACCUGCUGGUGAUGGUUCUUCUCAUCUCUGUCACCUGCUUCUACUCUAGAAAAUACUCUGUAGAAACCAGAAGCAGAAAUGAAGAAACAAACGUCGUCGCUGAGCUCCAGUGAUCCACGAUUUACCAAGAAAAAUCCAGAAAAUGAUCUGUCUGCUUUUGUCCAUGAAAUAAACUUUCAUCCAGAAGUGAAACAACAACAACUUCUACAGAAAACAACAAUAUUUCAGCUGAUUUAAAUCCAGGAAAAAAUACAGUCAGGUUGUAAAAAUACUGAUUUUUAAUGUGGACGUUAUUUACAGUUUUGGCUUUUUAUGCUUAACAUGUAAAUGAAUUCUAUUUUUAAGUGUUUUUAAUGGAUAUUAUCUGGAAUUUAGCAAAACUGAGAAAAUCUGUAAAAUAACAACUAAAACACAUCAAAUGCUUUAUUCCGUCAUUGGUAAUUUUCCUCAAAAAUAAAAUUAGUCUAAAUUUACAGUCAAAUAUGAACGUUAUUUACAUUUUUCAUUCGCUUUUAAAAUGUUUUUUUUACAAUUAACAUGUAAAUUAUUAACAUUUUUCAGUGAUUUUAAAAGAUAUCUGUGAUUGAACAACAGUUAAAAAACUUUAUAAAAAACUUUUUCAGUCUUUAAUAUUCAGAAUUUUCUUGAUAAAUGACAACAAAUGUCUGUAAAACAAUGUAUUUUUUAUGAAUCUAAAUACAAUAAAAUUAAUCUAAUUUAACAGUCAAAUAUAAACGUUAUUUGCAAUUUUCAUCCUUUUUUAAUGCUUUUUUCCACAGUUAACAUGUAAAUUAUUAUUUUUGUAAUAGAUAUUACCUCUAUUAUCUGUAAAAUAAAUGCUAAAAACAUUUUUUUAGUCCUUCAUUGGUGAAUUUUCUUAAAAGUGAAAUCAAAUAUCUGAAUUCUUUUUAAAAUACAUUUAAAUACAAUAAAAUUAGUCUAAUUUUCAGUCAAAUAUGAACAAUAUUUACAGUUUUCACUCAUUUUUUAAAAUUGUUUUUUUCCAGUUAACAUAUAAAUUGUUAACAUUUUUCUGUGAUUUUUAUUAGAUAUUAUCUGUAAAUGAAGAAAAAUGUAAAAAUCUGUGAAAUCAGACAAAAAAAAACCUUUUCAGUCCUUAAUACGCCUAUUUUUCUUCUAAAUGGUAGCAAAUGUCUGUAAAAUGCUUUUUUUGUGGCUUCAUGUCCAAUAAAAACAAUCUAAUCUUACAGUCA